AUGAGCUUGUUUGCGGGUGUCAGCGGCGGCGCGGCGUCCGGGGUGGGCACCGGAAGGGCGCUCCUGGAGCUGACGCCGCACAAGAUGGCGGUGUGCCAGCUCGUGCAGGUCUUCGCGCCGCCGGCGCAGGCCGGGGGCGACGUCGUGCCGCCCUUCCCCUUCGAGUCCCUCGCCCACCACAACCGCCUCGGACUCUUCCUGUUCACGCUCACCCAGUCAUGCGAGGAUUUUCAGGAGCCUCCACUGGAAGAAUUUUUGAGGCAGCUGAAGGCAGUGGAUAAUUUGGCUAAUGGUUGGUUCUGCGAGCAGCUGACAAGUUCUCUGUCAGCGCUCAACUCACCUGAUGACGAGAGAUGCAUUCAAAUUGACAGCUUGCUCUGUAAUGAUAUUUCUUUUUUGCCAGAUCUUGUCAUGUACUGUAACUCCACUGAUGCUUCAUAUGACUUGGCGGAAGAUGAGGACUUCAAUAGUGAAAUGGGCAACUUGAUGGAUGCAGACAUAGGUUCUCAAGUUGGUAUAUUUGACAAAUUUCAUCAGGGUUAUGCCUCUGAGCGUCAUAUGGGGGAGAGUUCUUCAGCUCUAACUCGUGCACCAACGUCAACCUAUGAUUUUGAUGAUGCUAAUAUUUUUAAAGCGGAUGACAACCCAACCUGUCUGAGAUCAAGGUGGCAAUUAGAGGCAUAUCUUAACCAACAAGCCGAUAUUCUUGAGAAGGAUCCUGGCUCAGUGCCUUUGAAUUCAUUUAAUGCCACUAUGACACAGCUUCAAACAUUAGCUCCGGAGCUUCAUCAUGUCCAAUUCUUGCAGUACUUGAAUGCCCUUUGCCAUGAUGACUAUGUUGCUUCACUGGAUAAUCUUCACCGCUACUUUGAUUACAGUGCAGGGAUGCAAGGACUUUUUGGUCGUUCUGUGUCUCAGGUGCAAGAUAUUGUUGUUGGAAAGUAUGAGAGUGCUCUGCUAUGCUUAGGCAACUUGCAUUGUUACUUUGGACAUCCUAAGAAAGCCCUAGAGGCAUUUACAGAAGCAGUCCGUGUUUCUCAAAUGAAUAAUGAUGAUUCAUGCCUUGCCUAUGUAUUAGGAGCCAUUUCCAAUCUAUUAUCAAAGAUAGGCAUCUCAAACACAGUUGGAAUAAUCAGUUCUCCAUAUUCACUUGGGACCAAUAUUGGACUGGGCACACCAUUAUCCAUUCAGCAACAGUUACUUGUUCUUUUAAAGCGGUCACUCAAGAGAGCUGAUGCAUUGAAACUUCCAAGUUUACUAUCCUUUGAUCACCUUUCGCUGGCAAAAUUUGAUCUGAAGCAUGUCCAAAGGCCACUAGUCUCUUUUGGCCCUAAUGCAUCUACAAAGCUUAGAACAUGUCCUGCAGAUGUCAUUAAGAAUUUAAGAUUAGGUUCCCAUGUGUUGACUGACUUUGGAGCAGAUGUUCUAUCUGCUUCAAAUGAUAAUGGUAGUUUUAGCACUUCAUGGCUUAGGAAUCUAUCCGCCACUUCUGAUUCAUGGCGUAGAAGUUCUAAGAACACCAAGAAAUUACAUAUUAAUGACUUCGACAAUUUCCAUUAUCAUGCACAACCAAGUCCAGUACCUGCACCAAUAUUGCAAUUAGCUGGCUCAGCAUAUUUGCUGAGAGCCACCGCUUGGGAGCACUAUGGGAGGUACAUAUCUAUUUUUCUGUGA